CUCUCUCUCUUCCUUGAUACACACAACCCGAGGCUGGAGUGUGGAGUGUGCUGCGCGGGGCGUGCACGUUCCGAACGAACGAGGGGCCAGAAAGACACGUGUGUGUACGACGAGGUCGGGCAAAAUCGCACGGCGAGGUUAACCUCCUCUGCCUCGCCGUUCGUGUCUCCCAUUUCGACCACGAAAACCGAGCCAGGAAAAAAAACGGCGGAAAGGAGGAAGUGAGAUAGCACGACCAACGGUGUGGUGGCCAGACCGUGUGAAAGAGAAAGAAAAAGUAAGAGCGGCGUGAAAACGAGAUAAAUAGAGAGAGAACGAGGGUGGAAUAAUAGGAUCGAACGGGACAGAACGAAAAGGGGGAGGGAAUGAACGGCCCUGGGAGUCAUCAGCAUCGCGGCUUGGGCAUGCAGGGACGUUACAGGGCCGUCGUAACUGGUGGCAGCCCAGCAGGGCCCCACUCACGCCCUCCAGCGCCACCUCACGCCCGCGGCGGAUGGCACCCUCAUAAUCAGCACCCUCAGCAUGCCCAGAUACCGCAGCAAUACACCGGCAACAAGGAAUACCCGUAUCGACAAUGUCCACCGCCACGCUUCCAUAACGGGGACUGUCCCGGCGUCGGUACGUCUUCCGGGCCGAACGGUAAGGAAGUCUCGUAUCACGGGAACGUAGGCGGGUCUAGCGUGGGGUACAAACCGCCUCCGCAACAUAGUCCGCAAUCGAGAGGUCCACCGGCGCAUUUUCCACAAGAAUCAGUGGGCCCGCCGGCCAAUUCUCCGCCGUUGCAUAUCAACAUUUGCGGCCAAGAGAGCAACAUGCGUGGUCCAUUAUUGAACAUGAGUCCAGGUCUCGGAGCUAGCAGCGUCGAUAUGGAAUACCGUAGGAGUUCCCAAGCCACAAACCAGCUACCUCUGAGUCCUGUACAAAUCCAACCAUCGCCGCCAUAUUACCGACAGCCUAGUCAAGAUGAUGGUAGAAAGAGCGAGUCGCCAUCUAGGAAGCGUCGUCGAAUAUCUCGCAACGGUGCCGUUUCCGGAAUAGAAGUUCGCGAAACGACGCCUCCGUCGCCCACGCCGCCAUUGCACACCACUCCACCGCCAUGGGAGUUCUCUGCUGCGCCACAGAGGCGAUCGCCCCGGAAUCACAUGUCGACUCGUGGCAGUCCAACUGUCAGGAAUCGUUAUCAACGAUACACCGACUCGUUUGGUCUAACGUAUCCCUUCAUGCCAAGUCAUGCCAAUCCCCAUCCAACUAUUCACAAUUCUCAUCAUGGAAUCCACGGUACCCAUCACAAUAUUCACAGCCCGCAUCAUAAUCUACACAACUCGCAUCACAAUAUGCAUAACGCGCAUCAAACGCAUCCCCAUCAUCCACCGGGCACGGGACACCACCCUGCGCAAGGGGCGAACGGUCCUGUGGUCGUGGAUGUCGGACAAGUCGGUGUUUCCGGUUUGGGGGUUGCAGUUAGCGGGGAACCACUCUGGCAUCCUCAGGCGACAGGUUACAGGAUCCCUUGCCAGCUGCAUGGAUUAUAUGCGCCUACCGGAACGCACGCGUUCGCGCACUCGUGUCAAGUCACCCAUCAUCAUACUCACUAUUCACCGGCUCAUCCGACCCACCCAGGCCACAGCCUGGUCGGUUCGAUAGUUGGCGCAGCAUCCAGGGGAUAUCCAACUCCAACCGGAGGUCCUGUGGCGGCUCUUCAUCAUGCUCACGCGCCUCCACCACCCGUCCAUACUACUCAUUACACUGCGCACCAUCAACUCUCACAACAGCGAGAAGUUGAGUUAGAGUUAAUAGAAUCUCACCAUCACCACAGAGCUGCAGCUGGUGGACCAUUACCAUUACCGCAUUCGUAUUCACCGCCAGCUCUUGCUCAAGUCACCACUUCUACUGCUACGCCUAUAUUCCUGUCAGACACGAGGAACAGUCAAUUGGAAAUGAUUCAAAGCAGAGCUCGGCGCACUGCGUCGAACGUUCACACGCUCAGACGAUCAAGGUCGAGUAGAUGGAGAGGCACGCCUUCAAUACCACCGACCACCUACCCAGGAUUCUUAUUACACUUCUUUGCAAUGCUCAGCAACCCACCAUUAUCCCCGUAUAGUCAGGCAGAGCUGUCUUCACCGGACUCAGCGACCGAGAAUUACGAGGCUCUGCUUUCCCUAGCGGAGAGACUGGGCGAGGCCAAGCCUCGAGGAUUAACCCGGGCUGAAGUGGAGCAGCUACCCUCCUACAAAUUCAACGCUGAGACGCACCAGGGCGACCAGACUAACUGCGUAGUGUGCAUGUGCGAUUUCGAGGCACUGCAAUCACUGCGCGUGCUGCCAUGCUCACACGAGUUUCACUCGAAGUGCAUCGAUAAGUGGCUCAAAUCAAACCGAACGUGUCCAAUAUGUCGCGGCGAUGCUGGAGAAUACUUUGGGAACAGCGGGACCGGUAGCGACUGACGCCAGGCCGCUCAAGUGCACUAGCGCCAUCUGUCACGGGUCUCAGAGACUCUACUCGGCACAGAGCUUCCAGCGAUCACGUUGCUGGUUUGUGCAAAUUUCUGUUGACAAGCAUUUCUCGCCUUUUCUCACGACCCACGAAACAGUGCCGUGCGCCGUGUCUCACGAUUGAUCGCGCCUCGGUUUCACGGAAAUACAUGUAAAAAAAAAAAAGAAAGAGAAGAGACUCCUCCUCUCCGAGUGUGACCAGCUUCAUCGUGUGGAGGAUUCAAAACGAGCGAACGGAAAGCAGGAAACAAACACGAGGGAAAAACCAAAUGAGAGUAAAAUUCAGGGUAUGAUGAUGUCAGGGUGUUUAAUGGUGUCGAGAAAAGGACCACUCACACACACGCAAUAAAGGUACACGAUUUUUGAAUUACAGCAUGCAACGUUUGUACAAGGCGAAUUCUGCGUUUUGUUCCAUUGUUGUUUUUUUUCUUUCUCGGGAAUAGAAAAGUCGGAGAGAGAAAGAGAAUAUGUGAGAGAGAGAGAGAGAGCAUGUAUAAAAUGUGGAUUGAGCAAAUUGACGCGCUAAAGGUUCAGACAAACUAAGAGAGCGAGAGAGAAAAAGAGAGAUAGAGAGAAAGGGUUCCGGAGAUAUAUUAAAAGCUACUACCAUGCAUUUCACGUCAGGAUCAAAGUCUGACUAUUGUGUACUCGUUCGUUUUGUUCCUUCAACGCGCUUCGAAUUUAACUAAAAUCGUGUUUAACGCUCGUUUGUUGUUUAUUUUCGUUUUUCCUUUUAGCGUUGCUACAUCGUCAAAAUGUCGGGUUGAUUCUGUAUAUAAUUUAUUUACGUAAAUACGCAAAAAGAAAUUAU